CAAAAUUUGUUUACAUUGUAAAUGUAAACAAACCAUUUUCAAAAUUUUUAAAGAAUGUACUUGUUGCAACAUUUUCCGUUAAUUUUCGUUGUGUUUUUUGGGUUAUUUUAUGGCACCACAAUUAAUGCUGCAAAUCAGUCGUGUUCUAAAGAAAAUAAUAGCUGUGCAAGGGAGGAAACGAAUAAAUAUUCUAAAGAAUCUAAUACCAAAUACCUCAAAUAUAUCAAUAAAAUAGAAGAAGCAAAAAGUAGAUAUAAGCCCUGCAACAACAAAAAUUGCAACUGUUAUAUGCCUGUGAUUAAACAUGACUUAAAGCCAUUUAAAGAGGCAGUAUCCAAAGAAGAUAUAGAGCGAGUACAGUCUAAAGGCACCAAAUACCAAAUAAUAAACCACAAACUUUAUAGAGAGAAGAACUGUAUGUUCCCAAGCAGGUGUCAGGGUAUAGAGCAUUUUCUUUUGAAACUUGCACCAAAACUAUCCGAUACAGAAUUAAUUAUAAACACAAGAGAUUGGCCACAAAUACAUAAAAACUAUGGUACUAAAGGUCCAGUGUUUUCUUUUAGUAAAACCGCCGAGUAUCAGGACAUCAUGUAUCCGGCCUGGGCUUUUUGGGAGGGAGGACCUGCUAUCAGUUUAUAUCCCAAGGGAAUAGGUCGUUGGGAUGUCCUACGAGAAAAACUAGGAAAACUGGGCAAUUUAACACUCUGGCAAAACAAAGUGUCAAAAGCGUUCUUCCGAGGUUCGAGAACCUCCUCAGAGAGGGACCCUUUGGUACUACUAUCACGCGAGCGUCCCGAUUUGGUGGACGCUCAGUACACCAAGAAUCAAGCGUGGAAAAGUGAUGCGGAUACUCUUCACGCUCCCCCGGCCAAAGAAGUCCCGUUUGAAGACCAUUGCAACUUCAAAUACCUCUUCAACUUUCGCGGUGUUGCCGCUAGUUUCCGUUUCAAGCACAUCCUACUGUGCAAAUCGUUGGUUUUCCACGUAGGGAACGAGUGGAAGGAGUUCUUUUACGACUCCCUUAAACCAUGGAUCCACUAUAUUCCGGUUGAGGCAAAAGCGACCAAAAGAGAAUUAGAAGUUCUACUAGAAUUCGCCGAGGAGAACGAGGAACUGGCAAAGGAAAUUGCGGAAAACGGUUACGAGUUUAUUUGGAAUAAUUUGAGGAUGAAAGAUGUGGAAUGUUAUUGGAAGAGGUUGCUGGACGAGUACGGGAAGUUGUUGAAGUUUGAGGUGGUACGGGAUGAGAACCUCGUUGAGGUUAGAGGUUAGGUUGUAGUCUCAUUUUGUUAAUGUUUUAAGUGGAGACAAUAAUCUCUUAAUGUUAAGACUUAAUUGUAUUAAUGAAUAAUUUGCAUUCCUUAGCAAGCUUUAACGGUGCGGUUUUCACGGCGGACGUUAAGUAAUAAGUUCUUUUAUGUGACGGUCUUAAGUUUUGAGAUAUACUGGUCGAAUUAAAUGGACAAUGCCUGAAAGAAACAAAUAAAGUCCAAGAAUGUGGAAAUCCAUGUGAAAUUAUUAACUAUUAGCACUCCCUAUGAGCCGCCAUUGUAUUUCACCAUUCCGAAUUUUUUUUUAUACUACACUAAACUUAAGAGAAAUAUUAACAUUCCUAGUGAUAUUAAAAAGGUUUAUUUAUAUUCCGUCAAUAUUCUAAUUUUUGUUUCCUGGAAGUUCCUGGAACGUUCUAAAACUGCUACCUAACAAAUAUAUCUAAAAAAGACCUGACGGUCUCUCAAGUACAUUUCAAGAAUAUUAUGCGUUGCUUUUGUAAAAUUGAUGUAAAACGAAUAUACCCAGAGAGAUUUUUUGUUAAACUAAAUCACUAAAAAGUGACAAUAAUACUCAAUAAAAUAUUAGUGUGAUAAGUGACAAUAAUAUGCAUGUAUUGACUUAAUGGAGAAAUAAAUAUAUUUAAAUCCCAAA